GGAUUGCUUUUUUGUUUAGUGGUUAUUAAUUAAAUUAUCUCGCUAUAGCGCAGUAGUUCGGACAUUAUGAAGCUAAAGGGUAGAGAUAAUGGGCAGCCUGAGGAAUGCGGGGUCUGGCUGGACACCUCAGAAUUAAAGCGGAAGCCACAACAGCAGACUUUACUGCGAAACACAUCCUCUAUCAGAUUUCAUCCAUUCGCAAAGAGAAAAACGAUUGACUCAAUUCUGCUUGAGUUUACCCAAACUCCAGCGCCUCCGACUUGUACAAAGCAGACUUCUAUGAUUUCCUUCUUCACACCAGCUGAUAAAAAGAAUGGUCUAAAUAAAGUACAGCACUCAGAUCCCAGUACUGCCAUAAAAGAAGCACUUGAAUUUGGUGUGAAAAGCAACAACACAACAAUAAUUAAUGAUGUUCACAAGACAUGUCAAGUCAAAUCUGGAUCCCCUAAAAGUGUGAAGGAUGCAUGUAAAUUAAUGGAGCACCAGGAGCCCCUUGAGUCCUACAACAAACAAAGGAAUAAGCAGACGGAAAAUAAAAAAGGACAGCAUGAAACUGUUUGUACUCUGGAAGAAAUGGGUUCAUUUCAAACAAACACUGACAUUGAAAGCAAGGAAAAUCUGCCACCUUCCAGUGACUACUGGGACUUGUCCCACAGAACAGAAAAGAUACAUCCUUAUCGCAUAGUGUCAGACUCCACAGGGGGUACUUUGUGUCAGGAGAAAGAGCUUUCUAGUAUGCAGGAGAAUCUUAAUAGCUCUUUAUUGAACAGUCAGCUCUUCACUCAAGAUAGUCAGGGCAACAAGGUCAUCUGUCACAGACCUGCAAAGAAAAACAGGUGUAGCCGCACUCUACGUCUGCAGGACUUGACAAAUGAUAUGUGUGUCUUAGCUGGACCACCAAGUACUUCCCAGCCACACCUGUGUGAGGAUUCUUUCAGGAGGACUGACACACAGCAAGACGUCUCACUACAGAGCAUGUUUACACAAGAUUCUGAAGGGAACGUGGUUAUAAAGCAUUGA